CAAACUUCCUUCGCUUGAGACUUCACCUGACUUCACUUGCAAAGACUCACGCCGGCCGCCUCUUCUCUCUUCCCACAUGAAAAGAGAGAGGAACGCCCCUGCCUCUCCGUAAUCGCUCGAUCGCUCGACGAUGCUCGAGACCGUUUAUCCUGCUCGCAGGCUUCUUGCAAUUCCUCCUGAGCUCUCCGCAUCCUGACCGGAAGCGUUGUUGCCUUGGCGACGCUUCUGAGAUCGGUGCCAAGAUAGGCGACAUAUUCUGUUCUCGUACUCACACCGUCAGUAUGGAACCUCUCACGAGUUAUACCUGUGCUGGCCUCGCUAAAAGUGCGAGGAGGCACGGUCCCUGUACACUCGUCCGGGAGCCGGCGUAGCAAUGACUACCGCGUACCCGACACAUCGCGGCGGGCGCGGUGUCUGGUCAACCAUUCUCGCGUUGCAGACAUGUCAAGUAUGCGCGUUCCCCAUAUCUGAGAUGUUUUGAAAUAGGAAGGUGGAGCAAUUUGACAACAGAUGGGCUUGCCGAGUCGAAGCGCGACGGCCCUAUCACGGGCUCAAAAAUGAAAGACAGGACGUUGGAGCCUGUAGGAGCGCAUAUACCUUCUUUCCUCUUUUACUCCCCGUCUCGCUCGCACCAGCUGCUGUAACAGCGCUGAAGCACAGCCCACUACGCGGCCCUCACACUCUUUUUUGCCGAACGCGGGGGAUCGUCCUCAGCUCCACUUGCCCAUGUCCAGCAGCAGAAGCAGCAGCAGUCCUGUCUCGCGUCAGAGGCUCCACCGCGUCGUCCGGCACGCGCUGGCACCCGUGGAGCGCGAUACCCUUGGAAUACGCGCCCCCGCGCUCAUCAACCUCCCCCUCCCGAUACCCACCUUGCCCAUCGUCGCCGGUGUGCUGACGGACCUCAUCGCCGGCCUCCCGGGCCCGUCAUCGACUGUCACCCCGCCUGGGAAUACUCCGACGACCCCUGCGAGUACACCCACUACGGCGGCCCAGCCGCCGAGCACGUCUACGGCUGGAUCCGGCAGUGCCUCAUCUGGAUCCGGCGCUGGGUCAUCCGGCUCUGGCUCUGGAGCUGGAUCGUCCUCCGGCUCUGGUACUGGAUCAUCCUCUGGCUCUGGCUCUAGUACUGGCUCUGGCUCUGGUACUGGCUCUGGGACUGGUACUGGCUCCUCUGCCGGCUCCGUCUCCGGCUCCGGAUCGGGCUCUGGCUCCUCCUCCGGCUCUGGCUCCGCUUCAUCUUCCGGCUCUGACUCCUCUAACAACACUCCUCCUGCUUCGGGCUCAGGCUCGGGAUCCGGCCCGGGAUCCGGUGCCGCCUCCGGUUCAUCAUCGUCCUCCAGCUCUAGUCCCGCCUCUGGCGGGUCAGGAAGCGGCAACGCCAUCGCCAGCGGAGCAAGCACCGGUUCUUCCACCUCGGGCGCCGCCGCCACCGGGGCGACUGGAACUGGCUCCUCAGCCUCGUCUGCAAGCUUGUCCGGCACGGCCGGCGGCUCUUCCGCUGCCGACCAAGGCUCGGUCGCCUCUUCGAAGCAAGGGUCAUCGCUUGUCAACGUUGUCUCCAAUCCCGACUCCGGCGUCUCAUCCGCAGCCGUUGCGCACCCCACCGGGUCGACGAGCUAUUUCGUGCAAGGCAGCAAGACGAUCGCCGUCGUCGGUACGGUGACCUUCUCCGAUGGGCUGCCCACGAGUUCGGCGACGGUUGGCUCGUCGGGCGGGACCACCGGUUCCAACGGCUCACCGAACGGCGGCACGUCGGCGGGCAACACGCCCGCGCGCGGCACGCCCAAGUUCGUCUACCCGCUCGUUGGUGUCGUGGGAACCAUCAUCGUGAUCGCCUCGAUCUUGUCCUUCUUCCGGCGCCGCGCGGUGCACAAGCGGCAGGAGCGCCGCAAGUGGUGGUCGAGCGCUAACUGGACGGAGCAGCCCCGGGAUAGCGGCGUUGCCACUGUCGGCCGGGCUUCGUCCUCGCGCAGCAUUCGGUCCAGCUUUGGGACGGCGUUCGAUCACAGCGAGUUCUCUUUGCAGAUCGAUGAUAAUGCGCCUGCUGUUCCUCCGAUGGUCGAAAUCCGUGGCGGGCCCGCGACGGUCCCCAAAGGCGAUAGCAGCCUCGGCGGCCGUGCCCUAUCUCCCAUCUCGCCCGUCUCGCCCUCCUCCCCGUCGAACCCGGUCGCGCUGCUGAUUUCGAUCGAGAACUCGAACGUGUUCUCCGAUCAGAACCGCCGCGUGUCCGCGGGCUCGCUGACGUCUACGACAUCGAGCAACGCACAGUUCUUGACCUACGACCGGCCCGCCAACAACCAGCUGGUCACCCCUGACCUUGUGGUUACCCCGAUGUCCGUCCGCCCGUUCUCGCCGAGCGAAUCGUUUGCGUUCCCCGCACCCCCUCGUGAGCGGCGCUCGAACGCUUGGACCGGGACCGGCUCCCUGAGAGUGUCGACGUCGAUGCCGAUAUUGGGGCGGUCGUCGCUGGCAGCCGAAGACGCCUUCGCCGGGGAGCACCGGCAGGGGGAGGCGAGCUCCUUGACGGAUAAUCCAUUCGCCGACCCGGCCGCCAUCGCCGCCGCCACCGCGUUCGACGCGGUGGAGACCGUGAGCCGGCCGUUCGCGCAGACGCUGCAGGACGAGAUCACCGUUCAGACGGGCGAUAAGGUCAAGGUGCUCGCGAUCUACGACGACGGCUGGGCCAUGGUCGACAAGCUGGCGCCCGGCGGUGAGCGCGCGGAGAUGGGCCUGAUCCCCGUCGACUGCAUGCGCCGCACGGAGGAGACGGUCGCGGCGUUCGUCGAGAAGAAGCGGCUCUCUGCGGUGAACGCGACCGGCUACGCCGCCAUGUGACCUCGCACAGUGCCGCCCACCCAGAUUAUAUACUCACAUGCGCGCCGUGCACUCCGGACUUACUCUGUGUUUUCGUUGUUCUCUAGCCUAUCGCGGAUGGAUUCCUGUUUCGCGUACAUACCAAAAAACAUACCUUAGAGAAUAUUAUCCUUACACGGAUAUUUGUGUGUACCAUGCAAUUCAAGUGUAACCAAGCUAAAAUUGGGAUUGAUUUUUUA